AUGCAUUUACAAAAAUUGCUGGCACUUUGUGCAAUAAUUUUCGCUUAUCAAUUUGUGCCGGCUUCAGGGGUGCCCUUGCCUGAAGAUACCAAAAAGCCAUGGACUCUUUUGGAGGCAUUAUCGGCCACAGGUUCAAUACGUUCUUCGAAUAUAACCUGGAUAACAGAUAAUGAACUCUAUUACACACACACCGACAGAUCCAUACACAAAUUCAAUGCCGCCACGGGUGAGGAUAGCAUCUUUGUAACCUCUGAUUUUUUGGAAAUUUACAAAAGCGGUAGUUCGUUUAAAUUAUCUCCCGACAAUACCAAAAUUUUGGUACGUUAUGAUGUUGAGGAGAUUUUCAGACAUUCCUACAUUGCCAAGUAUGAUGUGUUCGAUAUUGCAACGAGAACUUCCAUAAGCAUUCACAAUGGUGAAAAGUUGCAAUUUUGUGCCUGGUCACCGGUCAAGGAUCGUUUGGGCUAUGUCCACAACAAUAAUGUCUUUAUACACUUCGAUGAUUCGAUUGAGUUGCAAAUCACUUCGGAUGGUAUAGAUGGUGUUGUGUAUAAUGGUAUACCCGAUUGGGUAUAUGAAGAAGAAGUAUUGGCCAGUGGCAGUGCUAUGUGGUGGUCUGAAGAUGGCAAUUAUUUGGCUGUGGGUUUAUUCAAUGAUACCGAAGUUGAGACCUUUAAAUAUUCUCUCUACGGGGAUGCCGGUGAUCCAACCUAUCAAUAUCCCAAAGAAAUUGAUUUGAAAUAUCCCAAACCGGGUAGCAACAACCCCGUUGUGUCCUUGCGCGUCUUCGAUUUAAGUUCGAAGCCAACCUAUGUCACCCUGAAGGCCCCAGUCGAUAUUGUCAGCAAUGAUCAUAUUUUACAAAAUGUUGCCUGGACCAGAGAUCGUAAAAUGUUGAUAACAUGGUUGAAUCGCCGCCAAAAUAUUGCCUCAAUGCAGCUGUGUUCGACAACGGGUGAAUGUGAAGAAGUCCAGCGAUUGCAAGAACCUCAGGGAUGGAUAACAAUGGGUAGUCCCCAGUGUUUGAAGCAAAGUGAUAGCUGUAUAUUUACCUAUUGGAUUGGUAAUUGGGUGCAAGUGUGGAAUUUGGAUUUGAAGAGCCGGACAAAUUUGUGGACGAAGCGUGGUAAUUUUACCGUGUUGAGGGUCUAUGGUUACGAUGAAGUCAACGAUAAGCUUUACUACCAGGCCACCCUGAACUAUGAUCCCUCCAUCUAUCAUGUGUUCAGCAAUGAUGAUUGCCUGACUUGCGCCUUGAAGGAUACCGAUGGUGCUUUGUGUAAAUCUGCCAGUGCUGCAUUUAGCAAGGAAUUUUCAUAUUACACCGUGACCUGUAGUGGUCCCAAUCCCAGCUAUACGAAAAUUGUGGAAACCAAAACAAAUACUGUGAUCAAAGAUUGGGAAUUGAAUUUGCCAUUCCGUGAAUUUUUAACCACCCGCCUUAGGCCACAAAUUCGUUAUAUGAAUGUCACCUUGGCUGAUGGUUCGAUGGGCUUUGUCAAGCUACAAUUACCUCCCGGUUUGGAUGAGAAUGCCAACAAGAAAUAUCCCAUGAUUGUUUAUGUUUAUGGUGGUCCAAAUUCCGUUAGAGUUACCAAUGGCUUUGGUGUGGGCUUUGACGGAUAUAUGACAACAAAUCAUGAAGUGAUCUAUGCCCAAAUUGAUGGCCGCGGUACAGGUAAUAAGGGUAAGGAUUUACUAUUUUCCGUCAACAAUCAUUUGGGUGAAUUUGAGGUGGACGAUCAAAUCUUUGUGACCAAAUAUUUACAAUCCCUACCCUAUGUUGAUGCUGAACGUACGGGUAUAUGGGGUUGGAGUUAUGGUGGUUAUAUGACGGCCCGUACUUUGGCCCAUGACAGUGAGGGGGUCUAUCAGUGUGGUAUUUCGGUGGCACCGGUUACAUCUUGGUUGUAUUACGACACCAUUUAUACUGAACGUUUUAUGGGCUUACCCACAGUGGAGGAUAACCUGAAGAAAUACUAUGAGACAAGUGUCUUGGAGAAUCUGGAUAAUUUCCGUAAUCAUAGCUAUAUGUUGGUCCAUGGCUCGGGUGAUGAUAAUGUGCACAUCCAACAUGCCAUGGCGUUUGCUAAGGUAUUGCAGGCCCAUGAUAUUAUGUUUGAUGAGAUGUUCUAUACCGACGAAAACCAUUCCAUUGGCAAUUUCUUGCCUCAUCUGUAUCACACCAUGGAGAAUUUCUGGAUUAAUUGCCUUAAUUUGGAUGUGGAGGAUGAUAAUGAAUUGUACUAA